UGCCCGAUUAUGGAUGCAUCGUUAUCCGCGAUCAUGGUCCGUACCAAACUCUGACCUCGGUACCAAAGCGCAGUCCGAUCUGAGAUUCUUAAAAGCAUGACGUUACGCUAAUACACUUACGCGGAGCAUCGCCUCUUGCCCAUCGUGUUUCGACCCCCUCAUAAACGAUACAGCUCCCUUUAUAAUGAGCUCCAUUAGUUCCUACGGAGAUGAUGACCUUUGUGAGGUAAGGUCUCCCACGGAGGUUGGCUCUCCCACGAAACUUGACUCUGACGAGUCACCGCCUGUGGCUGGCAGUGAGGGCAACUGUCUUCGUACGGAGGAUCUGAAGCGUUUAAUGGACGCUCUAGGCGAGCGCAGCAUCAAGUUUCAGCGAAUGAAAGACCAAGAGUGCCUCCCUGAGGCGAUGAUGCACGAUCAAGGUGCGGUUGCUCCGGCGGUCGUGGUGUCUCCAUCCAAUGAAUCGGAGGUGGUUCAAACACUGCAGAUCCUCACCAAACUUGACCUCUACCAUGGCGGCCAGGCUGUGUCGGUGAAGAGCGGAGGCCACGGUUAUUUCAACGGCGCCACAUGCGCCGAUAUCAUGAUCAACUUAUCGGCCAUGAGGCAGCGCAAGAUCGAACAUAACGUUCUCACAUUAGAGCCUGGCUGCCUCCUGGGCCAUACCAUUGACCUGCUCGCCAGGAACCACAAGGCGGUGCCUCAUGGAGACUGCUUUGGCGUCGGCGCGGGUGGCCAUUUCACCACCGCUGGCUGGGACAUCCUGCUUGCGCG